CAGCAGGCAAAAGUUGGUGUACGCUUCCCAAGUUAUAAAAACCAGGAGAUCCGCUAGGAAACCAACGUGCAAUCCUGGGUUCCUGGGUUCCUGGGUAUUCUGCCUGUUAUCUUUCGCUACUCGUCCAUCGGUGUGUACUUGAUCAUUUUAUGAUCUUUCUUGCUCACGAGUAUGUUGAAGGUCGGGAAUCGUGAAAACCGGAAAGCGUGAUACCGAGUAAGUGAUGGCUGAAGCACCGGAAUCGACGGUUCCGUCUAAAGAAAGUCGUACGGAAACGUUCCCCAAGCAAACUGCGUUCAAUCUUGGCGACCUGGUGACUGACCGCACCAAGACCCUGACCGACGCCGAACGAGCGCAGCUGGCGGAACAGAACAAACGCAUGGUAACGGAGUACCAGGCACAAAAGCUAGAACGGGAAGCUCGCAAACAUUGGGAUUUGUUCUACAAACGCAACGAAACCCGCUUCUUCAAAGAUCGUCACUGGACUACCCGUGAAUUUACGGAACUAUUGUCGGAGCGGUGUCCGGCUGUGAACGGUGAUGAGCCGCAGGUAGACGACGGGCAUCCGCCAACUACCACGAAAACUCUUCUGGAAAUAGGAUGCGGCGUGGGAAACCUGAUUUUCCCGCUGAUCGAAGAAGGCCACCGGGAUUUCUUCAUUUACGCCUGCGAUCUAUCACCACGUGCGGUGGAGCUGGUACAGAAACAUAACCUCUUCGACGACCGGUACAUGAGAGCGUUUGCCUGCGAUAUCACCACGGACGAGGUGUUUGGUACGCUGGCGGAACAAUCGCUCGAUAUAGCUACCCUGAUCUUCGUCCUAUCGGCCAUUCAUCCGGACAAGUUCCGAACCACGCUGUCCAACAUCUACCGGCUGAUGAAACCGGGUGGUGUUGUGCUGUUCCGGGAUUACGGUCGGUACGACAUGGCUCAGUUGCGGUUCAAACCGGGUCACAAGAUAGCGGAAAACUUCUACAUGCGGCAGGACGGAACGCGUAGCUACUAUUUCGCGGAAGACGAAGUAUCGGCAAUGUUCCGGGACGUUGGCUUUGAGGUGCUGGUGAAUAGUUACAUUCACCGGCGUACGAUCAAUGCGAAGGAGAACAUUGAUGUGCCACGGAUUUUCGUUCAAGGAAAGUUUCGGAGACCGGAUUGAACAACGUGAACUGCGGAUGAAGAGGAUCAAAUAUCGUAAAUUGCCGGAUACUUGGCAGAAGAACCAUCCCUUGGAGAUCUAGUAAGGUGAUAAAGGGAUGCAGACUGCACAGCAGAUCAGAGGUUUCCUGCUCCUAAUCAUGGAAUCAUCUUUUCUCGAUUACGCUGAGCUGAGGAUUUAAACCCUUGGUAGCAAUUUGAGGAACUACUAGAUAGGACAAAUUUGAAUAGUAUGCCGAUACAUUCGACACAGUAGGCCCUAAGAUUCUUGGGCCUACUAUCAGCAUCAUUUUCCCCCGCACUCGUGCUUGAGGUGCUCGUCGAUGGAUGGAAACCUCCACUACUAGUUGGUUUAUGAAACGCAUUUUUUUCUUACAGAUUGAUGUAAGCAAUCCAAAGUCAUGGGGAACGAUCUCGGCGAACCAUAGCCGCAAGCAACAACCAUCGAAGAUCUGAUCGUCAGCGGUUGACCAAAGGUGCUCAACGGGAUAUCACGCGUAUAGAGGACAGGACGGAUAGAUUUUUGGUUUGAAAUAAAACAAUGAUGCUACGAAAA